UUCAUAGCCGCCAAAGCUAGCUCUAGACUGUACUGUAGUGAAUGUUGUUUACUUUCAGCACCCAUACAGCUACAGUACGCCCUCAACCGAAAAUAUGUCAAGAAUGCCAACUAAUAUCAUACAGAAGGUCAGUGAACCUAGGCAUGUGAAUGAUCGUGACCGUUUGGCAAGCUACCAAGGCCACUUGACGUUCGAUACUCCUGACUUUGAGUGUCCCCAGUCUUGGAGAUCUCCUAGUACUAGUGCUGUACGAAGCAAGCCGUCUAAAGGUCUACACGUUCAAAGAUCUAGCUUAUAUUCAACAAGAGCUGGUUCCACUCCAAACAUGGCUAAUGCGUUUGGGAGUGAGCACAGAGCCAUGAGUGUCUCUAGUGACUCUAGCAGUGACUCAGCCGGAGAAGCUAUCGGUCUAGUGGAGCUAAGAUCUACCAAAAUUGCGGCGAUGUUGCCUAGUCAUCAUACAGGCUUGAACGAACGCAUGAGCACAAUGGACAGUGGCUUUGGAGCUUCUCCUUUGGACCUGUCCAAACAGCCGCUCAACAUGGAGGACAUCGAUUGGUAUCACUUCAACAUCAGCCGCCAUGUUGCUGAGAGUAUUCUUAUAUCCACCGGUGAGGACGGCAGCUAUCUUCUGAGGGACAGCACCUCCAACCCAGGGGAGUACACUCUCUCUGUCAGGGCCAAGCACACGGUGAAGCACUUCCCUGUGAGGUGGGAUGGAAAUGAGUUCUGUUUCGGGUUCGGAAGGUUUGCUGGGGUGCAGCAGCUGAGGGAGCACUUUGCAAGCAAGCCAGUCAUCGGAGGCCAGUCAGGAGUGCUGACGCUGCUCAAGUUCCCGUACCCUCGCUGUGUUGAGGAGCCAGAGACGUAUGACCUCAUACGAGUACAUGCUGAGUGGGGGGCCAAAGAGGACAGCAGCAAGACCAAAGAGUGCUCUCCGAUAUUUGCUAUUGCUUCAAAAGAAGGCUAUCUCACGAAAUUAGGAUACCAUAGAAAGAGCUGGAAAGUCAGAUGGUUUGUUCUCUUCAAGAAUGAGCUCAGCUACUACAAAACUAGAGAAGAAAAGAAGCCGAUCAAAACCGUCAAUCUUGAAGAUGUUUUGGACGUAGUGGCGGACGAGGCGCUGGGGAAACAGAACUGCCUCAAAAUGGUGACCAGAGACAGAACGUACUUCAUGUUUGCCAGCUCAGCACAAGAAGCUGAGGAGUGGAUUAGGAUCAUCAAGUGGAAAUUGGAUCAUCCCAGAGGAACCGAGUGCAAAUAAAUGUUUAGCAGCCGAUAAUAAUUAUUGUGACAGUCAGUUCUGCAUGCAUGUGUGUUGUGUGCUUUCUAUUAUCUUUGUAACAGAUAAGUUUGUUUUUAACUCACCAUUGAAUAUUUUUUGCACUUCUGUUUAUAAUCCCUCUGUAUUAAUUUCCCUUUUAAUGUCAUACCGGCCAUUAAUGUUUUCUGUGACACGC